CCAAGUCACCUGAUGCUGAAGAGUGCGGGGUGUGCUAAUGUUUACAACUGUUGGACUGUCGAUAAUUGUAUCGUAAAAACUGUGAUUUUAUUGAUGUUUCACAAUUGAUGAUAAACGCGAGAAAAUGGCGGCGCAAACUAAAUGACAUCUCGUUGCAUCCAGUUUCCUGAUGGAGUGGGUGUUCGUCAUGAACCGGAUGAGCUCUCAGGGAAGCUCGGGAUCCCAGCGGAGGCGCAUGGCGCUGGGGGUGGUGAUACUCCUGCUGGUGGAUGUCAUCUGGGUGCUGUCAUCCGAGCUAACCUCAUACAUUUUCAAGCGGCAGGAGUACAACAAACCUUUCUUUAGCACAUUCACCAAGACUUCCAUGUUUGUGCUGUAUUUGCUGGGUUUCCUACUGUGGCGGCCCUGGAGGCAGCAGUGCACUGGCACUCUCAAACGGCGCCACUCUGCGUUUUUUGCUGAUGCUGAGGCUUACUUUGCACCCUGCACCACUGACACCACUGUGAACAACUGUUUGAGUGAGCCACUGUAUGUGCCAGUGAAGUUCCAGGAUAUGACAGCUGAACACGCCAGUUGUUUACUCGGAGACUGUGAAUCUUCUUCCAAAAAGCACCGGGUGCGUUUCAGUAAUAUCAUGGAGGUGCGUCAGUUGCCCUCUACACAAGCUCUGGAGGCAAAGCUGUCCCGCAUGUCUUACCCGGCCGCCAAGGACCAUGAAGCGAUGCUGCGCACCGUGGGCAAGUUAACCAUCACAGACGUGGCCAAAAUCAGCUUCUUUUUCUGCUUUGUGUGGUUCCUGGCUAACCUGUCCUAUCAGGAAGCCCUGUCCGACACACAGGUUGCUAUCGUCAACAUUCUGUCAUCCACCUCAGGCUUGUUCACACUCAUCUUAGCGGCCAUAUUUCCUAGCAAUAGCAGUGACCGCUUCACCCUGUCCAAACUGCUAGCUGUGGCUCUCAGCCUUGGGGGUGUUGCCCUUGUGAGUUUCUCCAGUAUGGACAACCCUGAUGGUAAAGGAUCCAUAGGGUCUUUGUGGUCACUGGCCGGGGCAGUGCUGUACGCGGUCUACAUCGUAAUGAUCAAGAGACGAGUGGACCGAGAGGAUAAGCUGGACAUCCCCAUGUUCUUUGGGUUUGUGGGUCUGUUCAACCUGCUGCUGCUGUGGCCAGGCUUCCUCCUGCUUCACUAUACAGGUUUUGAGGCCUUUGAACUUCCGAGCCAGCUAGUGUGGACUUACAUCCUUAUUAAUGGGCUAAUUGGAACUGUUCUCUCUGAGUUCCUCUGGCUCUGGGGCUGUUUCCUCACGUCGUCUCUAAUCGGGACGCUGGCAUUGAGUCUCACCAUUCCACUCUCUAUUUUGGCAGAUAUUUGCAUGCAGAAAGCUAGUUUCUCGUGGCUGUUUUUCGUUGGGGCUGUCCCUGUCUUUCUCUCCUUCUUCAUCGCCACACUCUUAUGCCACUACAACAACUGGGACCCUGUCCUGGUGGGAGUGAGGAGAGUCUACGCCUUCAUUUGCAGGAAACAUCGCAUUCAGAGGCCAGAUGACAGUGAGCAGUGUGAAAGCCUUAUUCCUCUCCACACCGUGUCCCCCAGCGAAGAAGGCUUCUGUUCAUGAUCCACAGGGUGUGAACGUGGAUCCCACUGAGCAGCUGACGGUCUGGAAGCUUUCACAGACAUUGAUCUACCCCAGUGCCUCAUAUGGAAACUAUUUAUUUUCUACAGCGGAGACGAUCUGUUUGUUUUUUUUUUUUUCUACAAAGGAAAAA